AUGUCGGCCCAGGACAGCUGCCUCAGCCUGAUCAAGUACUUCCUCUUCGUGUUCAACCUCUUCUUCUUCGUCCUAGGCAGCCUGACCUUCUGUUUUGGCAUCUGGAUUCUCAUUGACAAGACCAGCUUCGUGUCCUUUGUGGGCUUGUCCUUCCUCUCCCUGCAGAUCUGGUCCAAGGCCCUGGCCGUCUCAGGAAUCAUCACCAUGGGCCUCGCCCUCCUAGGCUGCGUGGGGGCCCUUAAGGAGGUCCGCUGCCUCCUGGGUUUGUAUUUUGGGAUGCUGUUGCUCCUGUUUGCUACACAGAUCACCUUGGGAAUCCUCAUCUCCACUCAGAGGACACUGCUGGAGCGGAAAGUACAGGAAAUGGUGCUGGACACGAUCCAAAACUACCACGCCAACCAGGAGGAGACCUCGGCGGAGGAGAGCUGGGACUAUGUGCAGUUCCAGUUGCGCUGCUGCGGCUGGAAUUCUCCGGAGGACUGGUUCCAGGUUCCCAGUCUGAAAAGCAACGAGUCCGAAGGAGCCUUUGUGCCCUGCUCUUGCUAUAAUUCGUCGUCAACCAAUGAUUCUGCGAUCUUCCAUAAGAUGUUCCCCCAGCUCAACAGGCCGGGACCUCGGGCAAGAGCCAGAGACAACAGGGACAUCUGCGCAGUUCCAGUCAAUGAUCACAUCUACCCUGAGGGCUGCAAGCAGAGCCUCCAGAAGUGGCUGCACAACUACUUCAUUUCCAUCGUGGGGAUUUGUCUUGGCAUUGGUCUCCUCGAGCUCGCCUUCAUGAUGCUCUCCAUAUUCCUGUGCCGGAACUUGGACCAUGUCAGCGACCAACUCAAUCAAUACCGCUAG